AUGGACACACCACCAGAUUUGUCAAGUCCUACAAAAAAUUCUCAACCUCAAGAACUAAAACAACCACAAAAAAAAAAUUUAUCAAAUUCCCAUCACUCACAACAAAAAGCCUCAAAAAUUUCUACCUCUGAACAUGUGGACAGAAAAUAUACUCCCAAACUAAAGUUCACUAAUUUUUCUGCUCAACCGUCAAUUCAAGAACCAGAAGGAUAUAGAACUUUGGUAAUACACCCUGGCUCAAGAAAUUUGAGAAUUGGUCGUGCCUCUAAUGCUUUCCCACAAGUUAUACCACACGUUAUUGCCAGAAGAUUUUGGAAUGUUUCGUCAAAACCAAAAAAUGAAGAUGGUGUCGAUCAUAAUGAAUCAAUUAAACAAGAGGAAACGAUUAACGUAUAUUUAGGUAAAAAAGAUUCAGAAGAUAAGAAUAAUCACCAUAAUGAAACCAAUAUGGAUAUGGAUGAUGAUAGAUCCGAAUCUCAUGAAUCAGGAAUGAAAGCGGCAAAAAGACGUCCUGUUGCUAAUGCACAAUCACAAGUUCAUUCAUUUAAUAAAUCAGCACAUUCUGAAAUUAUAGCAGACCAUAAUGAUCCUUACAGGGUAGAGUGGACAGAUGUAGAUGAUGGUUCAACAUAUUAUAUUGGAGAAAAGGCUCUUCGUAUACCUGAUACUGAAACUGAUAUUAAAUUAUUUUAUCCAAUACAAAAUGGAGAACUUAAUACAAAAGAUUAUGAUUCAGUGAAAGCAGUUGUUGGUGACUUGGAAAAAAUAUGGACAAUAAUACUUGUUAUUCCUGAUUUGUGUAAUCGAACUUAUAUGUUGGAAUUGGUAACAAUGUUACUUCUAUAUAUGAAUUUUAGACGUAUUUUUGUUGCACAGGAAGCUGUUUGUGUGAGUUUUGGAGCUGGAAUUUCUUGUUCAUGUGUGGUUGAUAUAGGUUCUCAAACAACUACAGUUUCAUGUGUAGAAGAUGGAAUGUGUAUUAAUGACUCAAGAUUAAGUUUACAUUACGGUGGCGAUGACAUUACAACAUUUUUCAUUAAACUUUUAAAAAAAAAUAAAUUCCCUUAUCAAGAGAUGAAUUUAAACUGUGUGUAUGAUUGGCUAUUGGCAGAAGAAAUUAAGGAAAAAUUUUGUACACUUGAUGAGGCAAAUUUGGGUAUUCAAUUAAACGAAUUCUUUGUUAGAGCAUCCAAUAAACACACACUCUUGUAUAAAUCAAAGAUUUAUGACGAUGCUAUCAUUGCACCAAUGUUACUUUUUUAUCCAAAUUUAAUAAAUUUUCAUAAAAAAUUAAGCGAAUUUUCGCCAAAAUUUGUUUUAAAUAUGAUAGAUGAUAUUACAGAAGGAUCGUUGAAUUCCAAUAAUAUGGUUGUCGCACAAGUAUCGCUUACUCAAAAACCAAAGAUUCCUGUUUCAUCAUCACAAGCAUCUCAAUUUAAAAGUUCAUUUCCUUCUCCAUCGCCACAGUCUCGUGAUAGUCCUGGUUCAACAACUCCUCUUCAAAUCGAGAAUCCUGUGCCAUCAACUCCAUCCAAUAACAACGUCACUUCUGCCAUCAAUACUACGGAACAAGAAUCCCCAAGUUUAAUGACAUCUCUGACAAGCAUUCAUGAUGCUCUUCUUGUUGAUCCAUCAUCAACUCUUCCACUUGACGAUGCAAUAAUUCAAAGUAUUAAUGCAACGUCUACAGAUGAAAGAGUUAAAAGGUUUUACCCUAAUAUAAUUUUGGUUGGUGGUAGUAGUCUUAUUCCGGGCUUAAGCAAAAUGUUGGAAGAAAGAUUAAGAGCUCGAAAUAUACAAAACUCUGAUAAAUUUACAAUACUUGCAUCACCAAGGGAAUUAGAUCCAAGAUUGUUAGCAUGGAAAGGUGGAUUUGUUUUGAGUAAAUUAGAUAUCAUAAAUGAAUUUUGGAUUGGAUCUAAAGAAUGGGCAGAAUUGGGUGUCAGAUCACUUAGAGCAAAGGCAUUUUUUAUCAUGUAA